AAGCCCGAUACAUCGCACUGACAAAUUGAUCUGAUGCAAGUUCCCUCUCUUCUUUACCGUGAUAUGAUUCUUAUUAUCCAAACCCCAUCACCACGUAAAAGCAAAUUUGUCAAUUUUCGCUGCUUUUGAAUCUGAAAAGCUUCCCGGCUACUUCGACUCUCAACUAAUCCCUAAUCUCUCUCUCUCUCUCUCUCUCUCUCUCUGUGGGAUUUCGUUUUGAGGAACAAAUGAGUUAAAUCAGGUUAGCUUUCAGCACAUGUACAGAUGCUGAUGCAAUAUUAUGGUCUGAGCAACAUCUCUUUUUCCAAGGUUCUUCUGAGUUCCUUCAAUAGUUGCUUCCUUAAUCUCACUUCUGUGUCUGCAUCCUCAAGCUUAUCUGGAGUCUUGAAUGUGUCUGUGAAGUAUAGAUCUUAUCGAAGGUUUUCUGUCAUGGCUGGUGGGAUUCCGACUAGUGUUUCUAAUGGUGAUGUGGAUGUGGGUGCUGAUAAUCAGAGGACUUAUCAAGUUGUAGUGGCUGCUACUCGUGAUAUGGGAAUUGGGAAGGAUGGUAAAUUACCAUGGAGAUUGCCUUCUGACCUCAAAUUUUUCAAGGAGCUCACAAUGACUACCUCUGAUCCCGGGAAGAAGAAUGCAGUAGUAAUGGGUAGGAAAACAUGGGAAAGUAUCCCCCCUAAAUACCGUCCUUUACCUGGUCGCCUGAAUGUUGUGCUGACUCGUUCUGGGAAUUUUGAUAUUGCAACUGCUGAGGAUGUUGUAACAUGUGGAAACAUUCCUUCAGCUUUAAAAUUAUUGGCAGAAUCUCCUUAUUCUUUGUCAAUAGAGAGAGUUUUUAUUAUUGGAGGCGGCCAGAUAUUAAGGGAAACACUCAAUGCACCACAAUGUGCUGCCAUCCACAUUACAGAAAUUGAGACCAGCAUUGAAUGCGACACUUUCAUUCCCACUGUUGAUUUCUCUGUAUUUCAGCCAUGGUACUCAUCCCUCCCAUUGGUGGAAAAUAAUAUUCAAUAUUCUUUUGCGAGCUAUGUUCGCGUAAGAAGUUCUCCUAUUGAAGCUCAUGCUUCAAGAAGUAAGGAUUCUAAUAAGUUUGAGGUAGAAAGGUUUACCUUCCUGCCAAAGAUGAUCUUUGAGAGACAUGAUGAGUAUAUGUACCUGAAAUUGGUUGAUGAAAUUAUAUCAAGUGGCACCCAGAAAGAUGACAGGACAGGGACUGGUACUUUAUCAAAAUUCGGUUGCCAGAUGCGUUUCAAUCUUCGUAGAUCUUUUCCACUUCUUACAACUAAGAGAGUGUUUUGGCGAGGAGUUGUUGAAGAGCUGUUGUGGUUUAUCAGUGGUUCAACAAAUGCAAAGGUUCUACAGGAGAAAGGCGUAAAUAUAUGGGAUGGAAAUGCAUCCAGAGACUACCUUGACAGAAUUGGUUUGUCAGAUAGGGAAGAGGGUGACUUGGGGCCCAUUUAUGGAUUCCAGUGGAGGCACUUUGGUGCUAGAUAUACCAACAUGCAUGCUGACUAUACCGGCCAAGGAUUUGAUCAGUUGUCAGAUGUUAUUGACAAGAUUAAGAAUAGGCCAGAUGACCGGCGGAUAAUCCUAUCAGCAUGGAAUCCAUCAGACCUUAACUUGAUUGCGCUUCCGCCUUGUCACAUGUUUGCCCAGUUUUAUGUAGCCAAUGGGGAGCUAUCCUGUCAAAUGUAUCAGCGGUCUGCUGAUAUAGGUCUUGGUGUUCCAUUUAAUGUUGCAUCUUAUGCAUUAUUGACGUACAUGAUUGCUCAAGUUUGUGGCCUCACUCCUGGUGAUUUCAUCCAUAUAAUUGGGGAUGCUCAUGUUUAUAAGACUCAUAUCAUGCCUCUGAAGGAGCAGCUUCAGAAACUUCCCAAACCUUUUCCUAUUUUGAAGAUCAAUCCAGAGAAGGAGGACAUAGAUUCAUUUGUGGCAGCUGACUUUGAACUUAUAGGUUAUAAUCCUCACCAGAAGUUAGAAAUGAAAAUGGCAGUAUAGAGCUCUAAAAUGGUAGUACAGUGCUUUUGGGUAGUUUUCUCCUUGAGCCUAAGCCGGUUUUUGAGGUACCCAUUAUUAUUGAUUCAUAAUUAUUUUUAUCCCUGCCUUUUGUAUUAUGGAGGCACCUUUUUCCUUAAUUAGUCAUAUGAAAUUUGCCUAUAUGUGUUUGCUUCUAGGUUUUUUCAUUUUUACAAUAUCGUACCUUGCAAAGGCACUUAAAAUUUCUUAAUGACCAAUGGGUGUUGAUUCUUGAUGA